CUCUCCCUGGUGGCUAAAGGGGAGGGGGCAGAUAUGGCCCCUCUGACGGAAAAGGCAGAUCAGAGGCAGAACCAGAACUUGGACGUGCAAAAGCCAAGUCUUGCUGCUGCCAUGUCUUCUGAACAUGAAGAUGUUGAUGUGGGAAACACUGUGGUGAAUGGAUUAGUAUCAAGUAGCAAUGGACAAGAGAAAGUGAAUGAUGUCCCUUUAUGUUCACGCUCUGUUUCUGCUGUUAAAAUAAUCCCUGUGAAGAAAGUGAAACGUUCUCCUGGCCUAGUGUUGCCGACAGACCUGGACCCUGCUAAAGUCUGUGCUGGUAAGGGGGCUGUGAUUCUUCGAGCAUCUCUGGCCUACGAGGAAAAUCCUAGUGCCAGUCCAACUUGUCCACAGGUGGUUCAGCAGUCCGAAAGUGACUGGAGGUUGUCACCUAAUAUUGACUCUAAUGGGGAUGCUCCACCUUCAGCUCUGGCUUCUAAGGGUUAUCGGAGUGUGCGGCCAAACAUCCCAUCUGAGACCAAACCCCAGACUCCUUCCCGCCCCACUCCUCCGAAAGAGGAGAGCUUUGCUUGGCACCCUCGCACCAACACUAAAAUAACCCACCUGCAGCCUGUGCCUAUCAUGGACUGUGUGUACCUGAAUGCCCCUAAAUCGUCGGCACUCACGAUUGGCGGCAGGCGGAAUUUUUCUUCCUCCCCCAGGCCCUUCAGAGCAGCGCCUCACAAACCCACAGAUGUGAUCCACAUAGACAGGGUGCAUGCUGGGAAAUCGCUUGUGGGAAGUAGCUCCUUGUUACCAGAUGCAUCCUCUGAGUACCAAAACAAACAGGAUCCUGCAGAGGCAGAUCCUAGUAGUGGAGUUGGACUGAAAUCCAACCAGGAAACUAGAGCAGAGAAAAAGGUCAGCCGUCUAUAUGUAGCUUGUUUAUCUAACAACACUUGCUUGGCUGCAUCCGAAAAUUCCACUGCCUGUGCACAUGACCAAACAGAAGGCACCCGUUUUGGAGCUGAGGUCACUGUGGCACCAGCCGUCAACUACGUUUCCUCUGCAAUAGAUACCAGAGAGCCUCUUCCUCCCUCUUCUCCUCCUCCUCCUCCCGUCCCUCCCAGGCCAUUCUUUAAUAUUGUUCUCGGUGGAGAUGCAGUUAGUUAUGGUGAGAGCCAUCCUUCCUGGACCCCCCAGGCUGUUGAGGACCCAGAGGUAGAGCCCCCCCCAUGUGCCACUGGCAGUGAAGGCGAGAUGAGGAAGGACUCCUAUGUUACUCAACACCAGCAGCAUCUGCCACAGCAACGUCCCUGCAAGGCGAAGGGAUGUGGAAGGGAUGCCACUUACUCCGCCACCACCCCAGCUCAGACUAAGGUCAUAGUAGUGCCACUCCACCAGGUUCACCCAGACAGAGGGCAAGAAGCCGGCUCGGGCACACCGCCACCACCUCUGGUACCUCUUGGGCAAAGCUCAGCCUGCCCUGAAGCCUCUCCUGCCAGCUCGCACCUGACCUUCCCAACCUUAGAUGAUUUCAUUCCCCCUCACCUUCAGAAGGGCCCCCACCAUUACCAGCCACCUGCUGCUGCUGCCUCUGGGACUGUGCCCCACCUCCGCCCGAAACUGCCGCCACUCUCACCGCCACCUUCACUGGUCCCUCCCAUCACAGAAGGCUCCAGCCGAGUCCCGGAGCCCGAGAGCAUGGGAGUUGCCGUGCGCACAGAUCCUUGCCCUGUGCUCAACGAAGCCCCCAAACUCAGCAGCGGCACCGGCGUCAGCAGCUCCUUAACGCUGGGCAGCAGAACUCCCUCUGCUUACCCCCCCACCACCAGCGUCAACCCCACCAUUGUUCUUCUGCAGCACAACAGAGAGCAACAAAAAAGGCUUAGUAGCCUGACAGAGCCUGUGUCGGAGGUUCUAUUGGCGGAUAAAGUAAACCACGCACCUGUCCAAGAAAAGCCCAGCCAGCGUCAGUCUCAGAGUCAGAGGCGAGCCAUGGAGGAGCUGAAGAGUUCACAGCAGGCCUUUGAUUCCUCAGUGGAUGAUGUGGGCAUUCCAUUACGGAAUACAGACCGAUCAAAGGAUUGGUACAAGACUAUGUUCAAGCAGAUCCACAGACUGACCAAAGACCCUCCUGAGGAAAACCCUUAUUGCCCCACCUACAAAUUCCCUGAACUUCCUGAUACCCAGCCAAAGCCUGAAGAAGAAAAUCCUUACACUCCUACCUACCAGUUUCCUGUGUCUACUCCUAGCCCUAAAUCUGAAGAUGAAGAUUCCGAUUCCUAUUUUCCUCGUUACUCCUUUCAUGAAGACACAAGAAUUCCAUCUUCAGUGCCGCGUUCCAAAAGUGAGAAUACCAGCAUUGACGCCGAGAAGGUGGUCAAGAGAUCAGCCACUCUCCCAUUGCCGGCCCGUUCCUCAUCUCUGAAAUCCAGUCCUGAGAGGAAUGACUGGGAGCCUCCAGACAAGAAGGUGGACACGCGGAAGUACCGUGCAGAACCCAAAAGCAUCUACGAAUACCAGCCAGGAAGGUCUUCAGUUCUGAACAACGAGAAACUGACUCUGGAUAUAAGCCCAGAAGAGAUAGAUUUAAAGAAUGAGCCUUGGUAUAAAUUCUUUUCGGAAUUGGAGUUUGGGAAGCCGCCUCCAAAAAAGAUAUGGGAUUAUACUCCUGGAGAUUGCUCUAUCCUUACUAGAGAGGAUAGAAAGACUGAUCUAGAAAAAGACCUCUACCUCUACCAGACUGAGUUAGAGGCAGAUAUAGAAAAGAUGGAGAAGCUUUAUAAAGUAUCCAAUAGGAAGCUGCCGAAGAGUACAGCAGGCUCAACUCCACUGGAGGCGUUUUCGGACCAUUCACCCCACUCAUCGUAUUCCCCCAACUAUCAGUCCUACAAGAGAGAGCUGGAAACAAGUCCCGGGGAUUCUGCCGGGCUGGAAAACGAAAGGCAGAUUUACAAGAGUGUCUUGGAAGGAGGAGACAUCCCUCUGCAGGGGCUGAGCGGUCUCAAGCGGCCCUCCAGUUCAGCGUCCACUAAAGUGGAUCGUAAAGGUGGGAAUGCUCAUGUGAUUGCAUCCUCUUCAGUUAAUAGUCGAACCCUUAACCCUAGCAAUGCCAGUACACUAGGCCGCCCGUGUAUCCAUAAGAAACCUUUAUCAGCCGCAAAAGUCUGUAUUGCUGAAGUACUUCCGUCCAAAUUCAAACCCAGGCUGGCCACUCCACCUUUUUCUGGGCAGGACCAGAAAAGUCACCUCUUGCCUCAUGAGAAAACACAGAGCUGUGAAAACCUCCGCCACUCGUUUGCCUUCCAGACAGAUGCAGGGGAGAGCUUUGAGAACUUGCUGAUGAAACCGAGGCAGGAGGGCCCAGUCAAAUCCUGCAGCACUCAGAGCCUGCAAGAGUAUGGUUCAUCCGGCUUCAGGAAAGGCUCCUGGGAGAAUGGGGCUGAGUUCACCCUGCUGUACAGAAACAUGCACCAGAUCAACCGCUCUGGGAUCCAGCUGGGCACCACUUCGUCCUGCAGCGUGAGGAACCUCGCCUCCCAGUUUGAGAAUGAGCUGAGCGACAAGAGGGAGCCUGCCCCCAGCCGGGAGCACCUGGAGCAGAUCCCCAAGCACACCGUCUCCUCACGGGUCACCGCCUUCGAGCUGCUCAUCCAAAGAUCCCGGUCGAUGCCUGCCCUCAACUUCUCCAGUGCCCAGAGCAAAUCCCCGGCUCCUAGUCUCUCCAACAGCUGCCUGAGUUCUGCCCGCUCAGCCGAGUAUCUGCUGGAUUUUCCCAAACCCCACCUGGAAGACAAGGAGAUCCCCCACCUGGCUGACGACACUUCCUCCCAGUCUUGUAGCAACACGGAGGACGCGGCAUCCGAGUUCAGUGAUGUGGCUCCCGUGGACACACUCUCAGCCAGCACUGACAGGACCGACCUCUUGUCUAACGUGUCCAAUGACAGCGGAGGCAGCCACAACGAGUCGCAGAGGUAUAAAGCAAACAAAUGCAAAGGGGCCUGCCCAGCUUCCUACACGAGAUUCACAACCAUCCGGAGGCAUGAGCAGCAGCAGUAUGGAAGAGGAGACCCAUCUGGAGACCUCUGCCUGCUCCCCAGGAAUGUUUACCUCAUGAGCCCGCUUCCAUUCAGGCUGAAAAAGCCCUGGCCACCCCAUGCCAGGAAGACCUUUCCUUUGCAGUGUCCGGGAGACUGGCCGGCUUGCAGCUCUGAGAAUCAGAACCACCUGGCUGGAUGGUGGGGCAGCUCCCCUUCCCCAGAGAAACCUCUCGCUCCCAUGCGCCUCUCUUCCUUUGACAUUGUCAAAAGCCUGAGCCCCUUCCCAGGUCCAGAGAGUGGCCGAAAUAGCUCUGUUUCCCUCGCGGACUUUCCAGAUGCCUUUAAUAAUGGGAAUGUUGUUCCUUAUGCUUUAUACCACAACUUGGACCCAAACAACAACCCGCAAAGGGAACUCAGGACAUACCUUCGAGAUUCAGAAUCGCCCAGGCAUUUUGCACCACUCGAUUACAUGGAGAGUCCAGAAGAAAUUCUCCGAAGGCGCUAUGAUGAUAAAGAGAAACUGUUAGAGGACCAGAGACGGCUUAAGCGUGAGCAAGAAGAGGCCGAUAUUGCAGCUAGAAGGCACACGGGGGUCAUUCCUACGCACCAUCAAUUUAUCACUAAUGAGCGGUUUGGGGACCUCCUAAAUGUAGACGAUACUGCAAAGAGAAAAUCUGGGUCAGAGAUGAGAGCUGCCAGAGCGAAGUUUGACUUCAAAGCUCAGACACUGAAGGAACUCCCAUUGCAGAAGGGGGAUAUUGUUUACAUUUACAAGCAGAUCGACCAGAACUGGUAUGAAGGAGAACACCAUGGCCGAGUGGGCAUCUUCCCACGGUCCUAUAUAGAGCUGCUUCCCCCCACAGAAAAAUGCCAGCCAAAGAAGACGCCACCGUUGCAAGUCCUGGAAUAUGGAGAUGCUGUUGCCAAGUUCAGUUUCAGUGGGGACACUCAAGUGGAAAUGUCUUUCAAAAAGGGUGAAAGAAUCACGCUGCUUCGGCGAGUGGAUGAGAACUGGUAUGAAGGAAGAAUCCCGGGCACCAGCCGCCAAGGCAUCUUCCCUGUCACCUAUGUCGAGGUGUUCAAGCGGCCUGUCGUAAAGAACACACUGGACUAUACCGACCCGCUGUUCACCCACUCUCCGAGCCGCAGCAUGACGGCUUCCCCACAGUCUCCCAAUUCUGAGCUGCUUUUCACCCCGACUCCUCCACCUUUGCCUUUCUCCCGCCUGGCCCUGUCUCCGGAGCUGCAGGCCGUCACCUCGGAGUGGAUUACCCUGACCCUGGGGGUGUCGCGCAGCAGCACCCCAACCACCACCCCUCCUUUGCCACCUCUUCCUGACAUUACCGGGUGUCACUUCAGCCUGUCGCCUUCCAUUGGCCCUCCCCAGUCCAGCUUCUCCAGCUCCCCCAGCUCCAGAGGUUUCCUUUCCCCACUGCCUUUCUGUCCUUCCAGGCCUCAGGCCUCUGCUCAGCACCUCAGCCUCAGCCCUCUGCCAAGUGAAGAGAAGUCGCUUAGCUCCCCUUCCCCCCACAUCAGCCACAGCGGCUCUCCUUGCUCUGUGGUCAGCAGCCCCGACAGUUUCCUCUCAGAGCUCAGUGGUGUCCUGGGCCAGCGAGACAAGGCCCAGAGGAGCCGAGGAGUCAGUCAGAGUAUUGCCAGUGAGGACAGAGUUCCAGCCGACGGAGACUGCCGUGGCGUGCCUGACAUCUCUAGGGUGAGGUGCCCCAGACCGGAGCAGUGUGCUAGCUGGCCACAGACCUUUGAGGAGAGCAAGCUAAUUCAGGAGCAGGGAGAUGGUCCCAAGAGAAGGGACGUGGGCCAUUAUAAGCAAGGUGAAUGGAAGGAGAAUCUCAGCAGGGCUAUAAAGAUGGCCGAGGCAAAGCCCUUCUCUCCGUGUGCUCCUCUCUCUUCUUCCGCUGUCACCGCCCAGCCUCCUCCUCCUAGACUCACCCGCAGGGUCAUUGUGCCUCAGCCUUCCCAUCAUUCAUUGAGGCCAGGACCGGAUCUCACAGAGUCUGAAAAGAGCUAUGUGCAACCACAAGCCCUGCCGCUGGGAGCCAGUCCCGACAGGAGCCACCCCCCACAAGACACACUGAGCUACCAGGCGUUGUACAGCUACAUCCCUCAAAAUGAUGAUGAGCUGGAAUUAAGAGACGGGGAUGUCGUAGAUGUCAUGGAGAAAUGUGAUGAUGGCUGGUUUGUUGGCACAUCCAGGCGAACAAGACAGUUUGGUACUUUCCCAGGCAACUACGUGAAACUGGUGUCCUUAUAGAAGCCACAGUUGUUUUCCUCAGGGAAGAGGGAGGGACACGGGUUGGAAAUCCAGAGUCGUUUUGGGGAGAGAAGGGAUGAUUUCUGAAUGUAGCAGAGGAGAAGCGCGACGUGGAAUGUGGUUCUGUGGUUUGGGACUGGACUGGUGGAAAGCCCUUUGCCACCUUUGGGG